AUGUUGCGCAGGAGUUUAAAUAGUUCCAGAAGGAAUCUGAUCUCGUGCGGAACGGGGAACCCAAUUGACGACUGUUGGCGUUGUGAUUCCGAUUGGGUUAAUAACAGAAAGAGGCUGGCUGACUGUGCCAUUGGAUUUGGCAAAAACGCCAUUGGAGGUAAGCAGGGCAGAUUUUAUGUGGUCACAGAUCCCAAUGAUUAUGACCCAGUCAAUCCCCGCCACGGCACUCUGCGCCACGCUGUCAUUCAAACUGAGCCUCUCUGGAUUAGUUUCCAAAAAGACAUGGUUAUUAAGCUCAAGCAGGAGCUUAUCAUGAACAGCUAUAAGACUAUUGAUGGUAGAGGAGCAAACGUUCAUAUAGCAAAUGGAGCUUGCAUUACAAUACAGUAUGUGACCAAUAUUAUCAUUCAUGGAGUACAUAUUCAUGACUGUAUACCAGCAGGAAAUACAAAUGUGAGGAGCUCACCCACCCAUUAUGGUUAUAGAACUAGGAGUGAUGGAGAUGGGAUUUCCAUCUUUGGAGGAAGUGCAAUUUGGGUAGACCACUGUUCAUUGUCAAGCUGUACAGAUGGACUGAUUGAUGCCAUCAGAGGGUCCACUGCUAUUACCAUUUCAAACAGCUUUUUCACUCACCAUGACAAGGUGAUGCUUCUUGGACACAGCGACGACUAUACCCAAGACGUUAACAUGCAAGUAACAGUUGCAUUCAACCAUUUCGGAGAAGGGCUUGUUCAGCGUAUGCCCAGGUGCCGACAUGGAUACUUCCAUGUGCUGAACAAUGAUUACACUCACUGGGAAAUGUACGCCAUUGGUGGGAGCGCGAAUCCCACCAUUAACAGCCAAGGCAACAGAUUCCUUGCCCCCGCAAAUCCAUCCAGCAAGGAGGUGACAAAGCGUGAAAUUGCAGUAGAAGGUACAUGGAGGAAUUGGAAUUGGAGAUCAGUGGGAGAUCUGAUGUUAAAUGGGGCAUUCUUCAGAGCAUCAGGGGCUGGAGCAUCCUCAAGCUACGCCAAAGCUUCGAGUACUGCUGCAAGGCCUUCCUCUGUAGUGGGCUCUAUCACUGCAACUGCAGGCGUUCUAACCUGCACAAAAGGCUCCCGCUGUUAG